AAAUUGGUCAGCCCAGUUAACCAGCAUCUCCGGGAUCUCAGGCUGUGAGGCAUCGAAGACUGAUACAUAAACUAGGAGUGGUGGAAGCAAGAUGUAAGAUGUCACAUAUUUCCCUGGGUCGUCUUGGGUGGGGUUAUCUUGUGCCACAUGGGUACCAAGAGCCAAUGGUCCUGUCAUGGGGAUUUCAGUUGAAGGCAGGACAGAAGUUUGCCCUCACAGAAGUAUGAGACGGGAGAAGAGCCAGUAGGAUCUCCUGUAACUGUCUGCAAAGCCUUGGGGUAGAAAGGGGCCGGUUCAUGCUUUCGUCCUGAAUAAUGUGGAAACACGGCUGUGUGUUUUCCUCCGUGGUGUUCAUGACAAAGAAGUUGCACAGUUUGGGGAUGUUCAGGACUUGUAAAAUGUGUGAUAUGGUGGGAAUCAAGUGUGAUCCUGCCCACAGGAAAUGAUAUGAAACACGUGACGCACUCUGUAAAUGGCUUUACAUGAUCAUUUAAGAACUUUUAGUUUUUCUUGAAAAUACUCUAUCGAGCCGGACCUUUUAUGCAGGCAUCCUAAUCUCAGUAGUUAAACCGCGAGAGAGUCAGUCCAUUUCAGGGCACGUGAUUGGGGUCAAGUGCAGCUUGGGUUUGGGCAAGCUGCAAACCUACAGAAGAGAGUUUUGAGCACAGAAUUACCAUUUUGUGUUGUGGCACAUUGGCUCUAAAGUGGCACUCUUAGGAAGUGCUGAACACCAAAAGGCAUCUUCGGUGCAUUGGAUCCUGUAGCUGUGAGGUCUUCUCCUGGCAGGACACAUUUGAGAGGCUGUUGCUGCAAGAAAGAUUCUCUCGUUUGCAGAUUUCCCGCUUAGUCUGGUAAAACAAAGAGCCAGAUUCAGGAGAUGUCAAUUUCCAGUGACCUCUCAGAAUCAGAUUUUUUUGCAUUAAGUUUUUCAUUUUCUCAGUUGCUUCCUUGUACCUGGGGAAAUGGCCAGAGGCCUUCUCCUUGCUGUCUCUCGAACAUCAGGAAAUAAAAUUGUGUACAUUUUUUAUUUGUUUGUUUGUUUUUGUUUUUAGUCUUGGUAUUUUACAAGACACUUUUUAGUUCAGGUCACCAAUAAUUUACUGAGCACCUACUAUGUAGUAGGCUCUGGCAUUUUCACACACGCUUAAUUUAAUUUAAUCUCAUCCUCACUGCAAGGAGGGGAGAGAAUCCUGGGUAACGAAAGAAUGCUCUGUCUCAGUGGUCUUGGAGACCCUGUCUCUGGCACUUUCACUUGGCCAGGGCUGCUAGAAACAAACAAACAAACAAACAAACAACAUGUGAUUUAGGAGUCCUUCCACUUGUUCUGAUAUUUCCUUUUUCAGGCCAUUUGCCCAACGUUGAGGGUAGGAGAGUUGAACUGUUCUAAGGAAAGAGCAAGAAAAUUUAGCUGUAGGGCCCAGGGGGCAGUUCUGUUUUCUGGCUCAGAUUCUGGAACGGAAGAGCCUCUCUGGGUUUCCCUGAACACCUGGAAUUAAUUUGGGUUUUGCUCUGACUUCGAAACAUUUGCUGAGGUGGAGGAUGGUGGAGGGGGUAGGAAAGAAAUAAAUCCAGUGAUUAAAAAUAGCUUUGCAUGUCAGGUGCCUGAACGGAUUUGGGAACAUGCCUGCAAUCCCUUUUGUCUGGCAGGUCUGAACUCCGGCGCUGCCGAAUUACAACUGCUUUCAUUUGUUUUUCCUGCUCCCCUACCAUGUAAUGGUCAAGGGCUCAUUGGAACCAUGUGUGAGCCUGAUAUGGAAUGUGCUGAUGUCCCACUGUUAACUCCAAGCAGCAAAGAAAUGAUGUCUCAAGCGUUGAAAGCUACUUUCAGUGGUUUCUCUAAAGAACAGCAACGACUGGGAAUUCCCAAAGACCCCCGGCAGUGGACAGAAACCCAUGUGCGGGACUGGGUGAUGUGGGCUGUGAAUGAGUUCAGCCUGAAAGGUGUGGACUUCCAGAAGUUCUGUAUGAAUGGAGCAGCUCUCUGUGCACUAGGGAAAGACUGCUUUCUUGAGCUGGCCCCGGACUUCGUCGGGGACAUUCUGUGGGAACAUCUCGAAAUCCUGCAGAAAGAGGAUGUGAAACCAUAUCAAGUUAAUGGAGUGAACCCUACCUAUCCAGAAUCCCGCUAUACCUCGGAUUACUUCAUUAGUUAUGGUAUCGAGCAUGCUCAGUGCGUUCCUCCCUCGGAGUUCUCAGAGCCUAGCUUCAUUACAGAGUCCUACCAGACUCUCCAUCCCAUCAGCUCAGAGGAACUCCUCUCCCUCAAGUAUGAGAACGACUACCCCUCGGUCAUUCUCCGGGACCCUCUGCAGACAGACACUUUGCAGACGGACUACUUCGCCAUCAAACAAGAAGUUGUAACCCCAGACAACAUGUGCAUGGGGAGGACCAGUCGUGGUAAGCUCGGAGGCCAGGACUCUUUUGAGAGCGUGGAGAGCUACGACAGUUGUGACCGCCUCACCCAGUCCUGGAGCAGCCAGUCCUCUUUCAACAGCCUGCAGCGCGUCCCCUCUUAUGACAGCUUCGACUCAGAGGACUAUCCAGCCGCCCUGCCCAACCACAAGCCCAAGGGCACCUUCAAGGACUAUGUGCGUGACCGUGCUGACCUCAACAAGGACAAGCCUGUCAUUCCUGCUGCCGCCCUGGCGGGCUACACAGGCAGUGGACCAAUCCAGCUGUGGCAGUUUCUUCUGGAAUUACUCACUGAUAAAUCCUGUCAGUCUUUUAUCAGCUGGACCGGAGAUGGCUGGGAAUUCAAGCUUUCUGAUCCAGAUGAGGUGGCCAGGAGAUGGGGAAAAAGGAAAAACAAACCUAAGAUGAAUUAUGAGAAACUGAGCCGCGGCCUCCGCUACUAUUAUGACAAAAACAUCAUCCACAAGACAGCGGGUAAACGCUAUGUGUACCGCUUUGUGUGUGAUUUGCAGAGCCUCCUCGGGUACACGCCCGAGGAACUCCACGCCAUGCUGGACGUCAAGCCCGAUGCCGACGAGUGAUGGACACCAAAGGGGUCGGGGCACCUCUGCUGAGACAUUUCGAAGAACAACCACGUCGGUCGGACUCUUAAUUUUUAAUUGUUAUUCUAUUUUUAAUUUUCCAGAACUCAUUUUUUUACAUUCAGGGGUGGGCGCUAAGUGGGCUGCAGCUAUAAUCAAUUGUGCACAGUUGGAAAAGGACGGCCAGGACUUGAGGGGUGGGGGGGGACAAGAAAUUCUUGAGCAAAUUUUCAGGACAGAGAGAAGGGUCUCCUUAAGAAGCUUGAAGAAUCUGGCUUAAGGGAGGAGACUAAUGUGUCCCAUUAUUUUUAAAACUCAUCCGUGAAAACAAUGCGUCUCGAGUGGUGGACCUAUUAGCAAAAGAAGUUGACACGUCAGGAGUCAUGAGACCCAUGAGAGACAAUUUAUUUGCUUUUGUUUUUAGGUCUGGGAGGGCAAAAAAGAGGGAGGUGGGAUAAAACAUUUUGUUUGGGGGAUGCACUAAAAACCAAGGACUAUUUACCUUUUACUCUACUUUGAAAACAAAGAUAGACUUCAGUGGGGAGGGUCCAAAACUGUUUUUGUGUUAAAAUUUUAUUUUAUUAAAUUUUGUGCCAGUAUUUUUUUUCUUAAAAAAUCGUCUUAAGCUCUAAGGUGGUCUCAGUAUUGCGGUUUCAUGCGAGUUUGUUUUUAUUUGCCGACUGAGGAUUCUGUCACAGUGAAAGGAAACUGUUUAUAUAGACCCCACUGGAAACGCAAAGUGCUGUCACUCAGAUCGGGGAUCCCAAAUUCAUGUGACUUCUAUAUGAAGGAAAAAAAAAACAAUGCUGAUUUGGGUACAAGGGACCUGUGCAUGUGAAUUUCAUCUGUAUUUUAAAAACUGAUCACACCCCUCUACUUACUUGUCAUUAGUGGAUUCUCGGGGUUUGGGCUUAACGUUGAGUUAAGAAGCAUUAAGUCUUUGAACUGAAUGUAUUUUGCCGCCCUGGUUUUGGACCCCAGUAAAUGUAGGAGCACUGUUGAAGUCAUAGAAUGGAUAUCGAAGGAGGAGGACUGACUUGGUUCUUAAUGGGUUCUAUACCUGUAACAUACAGAACUUGGAAGAAAAGCUGUGUGCACGGGCAUUAUCCCUCAGGUCUUAAGAAGUAAGUCCUGAAUGCAUGUCAUUGUAAACCCUACACUUCCUCCUUUAUGUCUGAUUUUCCCGGCAUCCCAUACUUACUGCUUACCCCCUUGCCGCCCCCCACCCCCCACCAUGACUCAGUAGAGAGAAAUGUACAGCUUUCCAAUUGGUGAGUGAAAGAGGAGUGGCAGAUGUGACGUGAGUUGAAGAGUGUCGGACAAAGCCAUUUAGACGUACUGAGUUUGGGGAACAGUGGAGACUAGGGUUGCAUAGGAGUAAAAAUGUGGCUUGGCCGUCUUUGAGAGAAGUACAAGGCUUUCCUUUGAAGAGUUUGAGCUAGUUGAGUGAGACGUCAGGUGAGGCUGUGCAUGCAGAGUGAACAGUGCAGACACUAGGAGAGCCCUGUGCUUGGAUCAGGGUUAAGUGAAGGGUAAUAAUUGCAGAAGAGAGAAAUGAAGGCAAAGGAAACAUAAGAAAAGGAGCUUGGAAAAACAAGGUGGUCUGUGAGAUUCGAAUAUGCUAUACUAAAAACUAUAGUUUUUAGUUCCUCCAAAGUUUAACAAGAAACUUAAUCACCUGGGGCAGUGCUGAAGGGUGGCCUGAAAAAUGUGUGGAUUUUUUAGGGGGGAGGGAAACCAGCAUCUAACCAGUGAGGAAAAGUGCCUAAUACAGUUGAACCCCGGCCCCCCACCAUAGAUGCCUGAUUUAAAAAUAUUUUUAAGUGUUUAUUUAUUUUUGAGAGAGAUACAGAGUGCAAGCGGGGGAGGGGCAGAGAGAGGGGGAGACACACACACACACACACACACACACACAGAAUCUGUAGAGGCUCCAGGCUCUGAGCUGUCAGCACAGAGCCCAACGUGAGGCUCGAACUCACCAACUGCAAGAUCAUGACCUGAGCCGGAGUCGGAUGCUUAGCCGACUGAGCCACCCAGGCGUCCCAUAGAUACCUGAUUUAAAAGGAUGAUGACAGAGAGUUAGCUCUCGCGGACCAGUGGGCAAGGCGAAGAAACAUUUUAGGUGGGUUUCUCAGGGGCUAGCCCUUCUUGGGAUCUGGCUGAGAAACAGGAGGUACUAACUACCUGCUGGCUUAUCUUCGAGAACGUGGAUUGUUUACUCCCAGGUCCUCUUACAGACCCUGAAUGAUCAGGAACUUAGCUCUGUGAUUCAUGAGUUUCCUCAUACUGAUAAAUCAGAGAGCAUCCACUUGGAAAGCAAAAGCAGAAUUGGCCCAGCUGUGUAUUUUGAUCUCCUUCCGGAUGCAGGUGCCUUAAUGAAGCUCUCAAAAUAUUUUAGGAGCUGCUCAGGGAGUAUUAGGCGGAACUGUUGGACUACAUUGUUUUCUCUUAGAUCAUGUGAUCUUUCUUGGGCACUGGCAAAGGUGUGUGUGUGUGUGUGUGUGUGUGUGUGUGUGUGUGCAUGUGUGUGUGUGUGUGCUUGCAGACAUGCAAAACUACAGCUGAUAUAAUACCUGAGUUUUUCAGUUAAGUCUUUCCACAUUUCAGUAAUGAACAGGCAAGAGUAGAACCAAGGCGGGACAUCGGUCAUUGCUUGCUGUUCGCAACCAGGCAUAACAUCACUUUCUCCGUGCAUCAACCUUUCCUGUUAAAUUUGUGCUGAAAACUCCCCUUGUGUGAGUGUGUCUAAGUCCUGCAAUCAUUCCAUAGCAGAUAAGAGAUAAGAAAGUGCCUCCUUAAUGCUCCUCAGCCCGCUUGUUUGCUAAGAUGCCUUUCUCUCGAGGUUGGCCGUUUUCAGUAUUUGUAGAUAGUGUGCUAGUUAAGACAGCUUUGUCGAUCUGGCCAGAUGCUUUUUCUCCUUCUGUCCAGAGGCCAGAGACCAUCCCAGGAAGAGUGGUGGGUGGUUUAUACACUGGAAAUGUAGCAGAAUUGUUGCAUUUAUGCUUUUUAAAAACACAUUAACUUCAGAGGAAGGAUGGGCAAAUCUGGUUUAGCUGGUGAAACCCUUAUUUUCCUGGAGAUGCCUUAACCCAUGUUGGUUUUGGCUGUAGGGUUCAGGGUCACUUUUGUUUCCUUCUCCAUGCAGGGGAGGGACUUCCCUACACAGAGCCCUGGUUUUGUGGCUUUGGGGAUCGGAGGUAGCAUUCAAAGAUCAGAUAUGCUUUUCCUCACUUUGGAGAUGAACACUCUGGGUUUUAAAGCAUUAACCUGCCUAAUCUUCGUGGUGAAAAUUAUACCUUCUCUGUUCUAGUCAUGCUGUGCAUGCUGCUUUCUGUUGGGGUCUAUAUAAAUGUGUUGAACUCAUAUCUACAUUCCAAAGAAAUUUCAAGGAACCAUAAAUAUAUGUAUACAUAUACAUAUAUAAAGUAUAUAUAUUAAAAUGAAAUUAUCUCUAUCAGGAAUACUGCCUCAGUUAUUGAACUUUUUUUAAGAAUACUUUUUUUUUAAGCUGAGAAGUAUAGGGGUGAAAAAGAUGUUAUAUUGUGUUUGACUAUUUUCCAACUUGUAUUUUCAUAUAAUUUAUAUUUUUUAAAAGCUGAAAAUUUAAAAGCAAGAUGAAAAAAGGAAAAGCAGGUGCUUUUUAAAAAUCAGAACUGAGGUAGCUUAGAGAUGUAGCGAUGUAAGUGUCUAUGUGUUUUUUUUUUUUUAAAAAUGCAAAAAAAAUUUCUUACAGGGGAGUUUUUUUGUUUGUUUAUUUUAGUAGCUGAUGCUGGCACAUCAUUUUGCU